GGGAUCAAACAACACCUAGAACAAAAAAAGAAAUUAUUUCGCCUACUGAAUCCUUUGAAGAUAUCUUGGAUUGGUAUAAGAGAAUUGAUAAUACUUUAGAAGAAAAAAAUAAAACAUCUGAUCGUUCUCUUAUUUCCAAAUAG